GGCCGCUCGGCUCGGCGCUCGGCUCGGGUCCGCGGCCGCUGCGGCGCGGGCAUUUCUCCGCAGCUCGCUGGCUGCCGCGCCCGCCCGGCCCGCGCCCAUGCAGGCCAUCAAGUGUGUGGUGGUCGGCGACGGCGCCGUGGGGAAGACCUGCCUGCUGAUCAGCUACACGACCAACGCCUUCCCGGGAGAGUACAUCCCCACCGUUUUCGACAACUACUCGGCCAAUGUGAUGGUGGACGGGAAGCCGGUCAACCUGGGGUUGUGGGACACGGCGGGGCAGGAAGACUAUGACCGGCUUCGGCCACUCUCCUACCCCCAAACAGAUGUUUUCCUGAUCUGCUUCUCCCUGGUGAGCCCAGCCUCCUUUGAGAAUGUUCGAGCCAAGUGGUACCCAGAGGUGCGGCACCACUGCCCCCACACGCCCAUCCUCCUGGUGGGCACCAAGCUGGACCUCCGGGACGACAAAGAUACGAUCGAGCGGCUGCGGGACAAGAAGCUGGCACCCAUCACAUACCCUCAGGGCCUGGCCAUGGCCCGGGAGAUCGGCUCAGUCAAGUACCUGGAGUGCUCUGCCCUGACGCAGCGGGGCCUGAAGACUGUGUUUGACGAGGCCAUCCGGGCAGUGCUCUGCCCACCCCCAGUGAAAAAGCCAGGGAAGAAAUGCACAGUCUUCUAGAGCCAGCGUCCGUCUGGGGGCAGCCCCGCCCCUGCCUGUGUCUGCUGUUGUGUCGAGCUGUCUGGUGUCCCAGUCUGCUGUGGGGAGUGCUGUGGGUGGGGAGGGGCAAGAAGCAUGGGGUGGGCUGGGGUGGCGGGGUCCUGGCCACUCUGCCUCCUCUGUGGGGGCAUGGCUCCAGCCUGCCCUGGCCCCCACAGGAGGCUGGGAGGGAGCAGGGUCUCCCUCAGGCUGCAGGGGUGGGUCUGGGGCAGCCCCAGGAUGGGCUUCCCUGACAGGGGGAGGGGGGAGGUUUCUGUUCAUGCACCCGGGAUGGGGUGGCCCAUUCAUAUUUUAUACAAUAAACGUUCUCCACC